CAAUGCACGUCAACAAUUUGAUUGCUUGUUUCCGUUGGUCUGCCCGUUGAUCUUUGGUUUAUUGCUGAUUUUUCUGGUUCAGGUAAACAAAAAAGAGGCAGUCCUAGUUUCCGAACGUACCUGAUCGACAAUGAGGCCGAGCUGCAAAGUCUAGAAACAAAAUGGCAGACUUUGAAUACGACGAUUCGACCUUUUACAGUUCGCGUCCUUUAGAAGAAAGAUGGCCGCCUUUGGGAGCUGCAGUGGAUAAUACCGCAGAAAAUGGGACAAAAAGCUCUGACUACACGCGAAAGUCAGACCAUGAAAAGCUAAAAGAGCUUGAAGAUGAACAGGAGGAGUUAAAUGGCUCUCUUCUUGCCCUCACAAGCCACUUUGCUCAGGUGCAAUUCCGAUUAAAGCAGGUUGUUGCUGCUCCUGAAGAGACCAGAGAGCGGUUGCUAAUGGAGCUGGAAGAGUUUGCAUUCCAAGGAUGCCCUGAUGUGCGAGGUCCACAAAAAAAGGAAAGUCCAGAAAAGGCAUUGAAUAAUGAUGGUGAAGAUAAAAAUAACUUACAAGAAUAUGAACAAAAGCUGAGCCUUGAGAAAACAAAGCAAGAAAGCCUCAUAGGACAAUUGAAAGAUCAACUGGAGGAAAUGGAAAGAUGUGUCGCUAUGGGUGUCUCAGGAAAUGCAAACGAAGAGUUAAGCCCAGAAAAGCUUGUUGAGAAGCAGCGUAUUGUGAUCGAGGAACUGAAGUGA